AUGGAUGAGAAUAGUAAUGGAACAAGUGAGAUUGAGGAGACAUUAACCAUCAGUGAUCCUACGUCAGAAUGUGAUGUUGCUGUUGUGGCUGGUGAGGCAGGGCCCUCUUCGGAGUGUGUACCUAAUUCUUUGAUUAUGUCUCCAAUUAAGACCAUAGAGACAGUGGAAACAAUAGUCUCAACCAAUAAGGUUUCUGUGUAUGCUACCGUUGAAAGUCCUAAAGUUGGUAUGGUAUUUAAAUCAUGGAAAGAGGUUGAGUCAUAUUACAAAGAGUAUGCUCAGCAACAAGGAUUUGGUGUUACUAGGUGUCAAGGAUAUAUGUCGAAGAAGAAUAAGGAGAGGCGGGGGACUACUUGGAGGUGUGAAUGUUGGGGUUAUCCUGAUACGAGGGCUAGGCGUGCAGCGAACAAGAGGGAUAAAUCUAUGGAUGUCAGUGGGACUGGUAUAGUCGAUGGACUCAUUGGUGAGGAUGAACUUUCUCGCUCAAAAAGGACAUCUAAGAAAUGUGAGUGUGGUGCCAUGAUAUAUGCUAGUGUCAAUGCAGAGGGUCUUUGGGAGUUGCGAAAGAUACAUGGUUGUUUGGGGUUGGACAAAACUGAAGAAAUUGUGCCUACAGUAAAGGAUUUACAACAUGAGGUGUACAAGGAGAGAAGGGCGCGCUUGAAUUUCGCAGGUGGUGAUUGUGCUGCUAUGAUGGAUUACUUUGAGAAGAUGCAAGCCGAUAACUCUAACUUCUAUCACACACACCGUUUGGAUGAGGAUGGCCAGAUGAAAGAUGUGAUGUGGGUGGAUGCUCGUAGUAGGGCGGCUUUUGAUUAUUUUGGAGAUGUUGUGUGCAUGGACGCCACAUAUCUUACAAAUGAAUAUGAGCUCCCCUUUAUUAAUAUUGUAGGUGUCAAUCAUCAUGGCCAAUCAAUAUUUUUGGGGUGUGCUCUCGUGUCACAUGAAGAUACGAACACAUAUUCUUGGUUUGUACGUCAAUGGUUGGCUUGCAUGAGUAGCAACCCACCUAAUGCAAUCUUAACUGAUCAAACAGCUGCUAUUCGUAAGGCACUGUCUCUAGAGAUGCCUCCAGCACACCACAGAUGUUACAAUGACUUUAAAAGCCCAUUGAAGAAAGUCAUUUAUGAGAGUUAUACAAAGGAGGAAUUUGAGACUCAAUGA